UCUGUCUUUCUUCUCCCUACAAGUCUUCCUUUUGUUCUUUUGCCUUUUCUUUGCUUUGGGUUUAUUUGGACAUUUCAAUCCCACAUGGGUUACUUUGCUUGAUUUCAAUAAGCUAAGCUAGCUUCGAGUUUGGGGACUUUGAGAGAUUUCAUAUAAGUUAAAACAUAUAUACAAACUUGAGCUAGCUGGUUGAGGAGGGUCUUUUUUUUUUCUUUGUCGAGAGUUUUUAAGUUUUAAGCAUGGAAGGUCAAAGGUUUGUUGUAAAUGGAGGGAUCAAAAUGCCCAUUGGUUACAGGUUCCGUCCUACAGAUGAAGAGCUUGUGGUUCAUUACUUGAAGAGAAAGGCUUUGAACCUUCCUUUACCUGCUUCUGUCAUUCCUGAGUUUGAUGUUUUUCAGACUGAUCCUUGGAGUCUACCAGGUGAUGUGAAAGAAAAAAGGUAUUUCUUUAGCAGCAGAUAUGGUAAUGACAGUAACAACAAGAAACGUAAGAGAGUAGUAGCUGGUUCUGGUUACUGGAAGCCAAUUGGUAAAGAGAAACCAAUUUUAGCUUCUGGUACUAAUCAAGUGGUUGGGAUGAGACAAGCUUUGAUUUUCUGUGAAAGGAAGCUUUGUACUGAUACUAAACCCCGAUGGCUCUUGCAUCAGUUUCGUCUUGUUGGCUCUGCAGAUCAAACACAGAUGACCAAGAGGGAAUGGCAUGGGGAUUGGGUAGUUUUCAAAGUGAUUCAGAGGAAGAGAAACGCAAAAAAACAUGGAGUCAUAUGUAGCAAUAGUCAGACUACUAGAGCAGCAGCCUACAUGCCUAGUUGUAUUGAUUUUACAGUGGAAGACAGCUCUAUGUUUGGUCCUCCUCAACCUACUUCACCAAGUUCAAGUGAAAUCACUGAGGUGUCUCCCAAUGGAUUGUUAGAUCAGGAGGAAAGCAGUGCUGCUGUCAUUACUACUUUUUUACAUUAUUGUAUGAGAAAACAGUAAAAAAAAAAAAAGUUUCACACUUUUUCACUAGACUUUGUAUGAGAUGUUUUCUUUAACUGUGUUGUGCAAGAAAUGAGCAAAAAGGGAACAGAGAGGGCAAAAAAAAUUAACAGUUGGAUUUGAAGGACUAUAAGAAAUUGUGUUGUUGAAGCAAA